GAGGAGUGAACGUUGGAAAGCGAAACUCGCGCAAACUCAAGUCGCAGUGUUCGCUUUUACCUCGGGAAUAUCAGACCUGCCCUCUAUCUCUCUAUCUCUCUAUCUCCCGAUCUCUCUAUCUCUCUGUCUGUCUGUCUGUCUGUCUGCCCGGGAACAUGGCGGCGACUGAGUGAGACAUACACUGCUCUAACACACACACACACACACACACACACACACACACACACACUCUGUCUUUUUCUGAAGGUGAGAUGAAUUUGGACCGAAUUGCCACCGACGCCUCGAGACUCCCGCCAGCGCGCGACAUGGCCUCCGCUUUCCACACUCACGUCGCACGCGACACAUUGGAGCAUAGCAGUAGCGAGUCCACGGACACGGAGCCUGCAGAAAAGGAGCGGAUUGUGGAGCAGCGCACUGAGGAUGGAAACCCGGACGAUCCAAAGAAGAAGAAACAGCGGAGACAGCGGACUCAUUUCACGAGUCAGCAGCUGCAGGAGCUCGAGGCCACGUUUCAGCGGAAUCGGUAUCCGGACAUGAGCACGCGCGAGGAGAUCGCCGUGUGGACGAAUCUGACGGAGGCGCGAGUCCGGGUGUGGUUUAAGAACCGGAGGGCGAAGUGGCGGAAGCGCGAGCGGAAUCAGCAGAUGGAUUUGUGUAAAAACGGUUAUCUGCCGCAGUUCGGGGGUCUCGUGCAGCCGUAUGAGGACAUGUACCCCGCCUACGGCUACAACAACUGGACCAACAAGGGGCUCGCGCACAAAAACUUCCCGUUCUUUAACUCCAUGAGCCCGCUGACGUCACAGCCUGUACUCUCAUCCCCGAAUUCCAUUUCCUCCAUGAGCAUGAGCAUGAGCAUGGCCUCGAGCAUGAACAGCAUCAGCAACCUGAACGGCCUGGGCAGUUCCUCCAUCAAUUCUGCCAUGAGCUCCUCCGGGUGCCCGUACGGAGCCCCGCCCCCUGCGCCGUACGGGGUCUACCGGGACACGUGCAGCUCCGGCCUCGCGACCCUCAGACUCAAACCCAAGCAGCAUCCCGGUUUCGGAUACGGAGGAUCCGCAUGCCAGUACAACAGCUAACGGAUUAACGGAGACCUUCAGAAUAGAAAAAAAUGGGAAAAAUCUCCCGCGCGACCAAAACUGGAUCCGUUUUCAUUGUUGAUUUUUUUCCGAUGGAUUUUUGCGACUCGCCUGUUUACCAGAACUUGCACAAAGACUUAAUCAAAUCCACGCGCUUGGAUUUAAAAGUGAAGAUGUUACACAGCAACUCUGUAAAUAGUUUAAUGUAAAAAUAACUUUUAUUGCGUUUAAUAAUAAAAAAAAAGUAAUUACCAGGCCAUUUAAUCAGACUGCUUUAGUGAAUAUUAACUCGAAUCUCUUCUUUCUCCGUUCUGUAGCUUCGCCUGCUUUUAAAGCUCUGUUUUUAUGUGAUUUUAUUUUUUAACAUUUGUGCCACUGUUUAUCGUUUAUUUGACUGAACCGAUAUUAAUCGCAUGAUUGUGGGUCAGAAAAACCUACAUGUUGUGUAAAGAAAUGUAAAGAAAAAUGUAGGGAAACAACAAUACUCUGUAUUCAGAUGUGAAAUCUGGAAUUUGUUCUCACGUGUUUAUGGAAAAUAAAACAGAAAUAAUGGUUAAACAUAA